UCUGACAAUCUUCUAAAAAACAAAUUCACGAAUACCACGGAACGUUAAUCUCUGCACAUAUUGUUCGUUGCAAAGGAAAUUACUCUAAAAAUCAUUUAUAUAUUAAAAAGUUUCAACUUGGAGUGUAAAUAUAACUUAUUUUAAAAAUGACCGAUCCAGGUCAGUGGUAUAAUCAGUUACCCCGCUUUACACGCUACUGGAUAACAUGCACGGUUGUGCUAAGUCUGCUGGCCCGUUUCGGCAUAUUGCCUAUGAACUCGGUGUACUUAAGUCGCCAUGCCGUAUUGGGUCAUUUGCAAUUAUGGAGAUGUGUGACCGCAUUAUUUGUCUACCCACUAACAUCAGCGACGGGAUUUCAUUUCCUCAUUAAUUGCUAUUUCAUCUCGCGUUAUAUAGCGCAGCUGGAAAAGGAGCAAUUUGGUCGUAGUCCAGCGGAUUAUUUGUAUAUGCUACUAUUAGUCGCAUUUCUCGCCAAUGUUGGUGGUUUGUUAUUCAAUGUAUUUUUCCUGAUGGAUCUAUUGGUGGUAUCAACAACAUACAUUUGGUGCCAGUUGAAUAAAGAAGUUAUUGUGAACUUCUGGUUUGGCACACGUUUUAAAGCUAUAUACUUACCAUGGGUGUUGGCGAUCAUGGAACUAGUAUUCCAAGGAUCGAUAGCGUCGCUAAUUGGUAUAUUUAUUGGGCACUUUUAUUACUUCUUCAAAUUCCAAUAUCCACAAGAACUUGGUGGCGGUGCGUUUUUGGAGACACCGAAUUUGUUAAAACAAUAUGUGCCAGAUGUGAGUGGUGGAUUUAGUGGAUUUGGCGAACCACCGGUGAGCCGCGCACCUCAGCGGCCAGCACCAGGCAAUCCUUAUUUCGGCAACACUUGGGGGCGCGGUAAUCAGUUAGGUCGAAAUUGAAGAGAAACUGAAACGAGAGUACUAUGGUAAUGCCGUAAUUUAUCACUGCACUAAUUUCUUCUAACAUGAAUGGUGAACUUAAAACAACGCAUCAUAUAAUGGCAUAUGUGGUUAUGUAUAAAUUUAGUAUAAAUUUUUGGUAUUCAAUGUUCACACGAAGAAUGUGAUGGUAAUAGCUUUGUAAAUAGUAUAAUAAAAACAACAAAUCUAUUAUAACAA